UCCUGCCUCGGCCUUCCAAAUUGCUAGGAUUACAGGCAUAAGCCAUUACACCCAGUCAAAAUUUUGCAUUUAAUUUCAAUGUUCUGAAGCUUAGUGAGUCGCUGAUUAAGAGCCCUUGCCUUAUUCUCAUUGUAUCACACGUCUCUUGUGUUAUCCUCUUACAGCGAUGUUCUGCUGUUUCUUGGCCACGCGACCCAUACUCCUCUUUUAGGUCUGAGGUCAAACAGCCCCUCCUUUCGGGAUCCUUCCCUGACUCCCAAGCAUGGGCAGGCACCUUCUUUGGAUCUAGUCCAGUGCCCGAGAAGCAGGAGGCUUUUAACAGAUAUUUCUAAAAAACGAUCGAAUGUCUUCUGUUCUCUUUCCCAAGCAUCCAGAGCGCGAAAACCCAGUAUAAACUUGUGUCCAUCCCAGAGGUCACUGCAGGGGCCAUGAGGUACCCCAUGUAACACCAGGUCAGCCAGGCCCCUGGCCACUUACCCUGUCAUCUGCAGUGGUCCUGUACCCUGAAUGAGGAGGAAAAUUAGCUUUUUGAAGAGAAACUAAUUACUUAUCACAGGCACCGGCCUCCUACUCUGGAGGGGAAGAGAUGAGCUGUUUGGCCCAGGUGACGGGAACCGAGGCCACUCUUGUGGUAGCAUUGUGAUUAGCACCAUGCCUCCUCCCCGAACAAGGGAGGGCCGGAAUCAGCGAGACCACCACCAGGCUCCCAAUGAGGACGAGAUCCUGGAAAGAUGGGACUGGAAUUGUCCAGAGACGCGUCGCCUCUUGGAAGAUGCCUUCUUCCGUGAAGAGGGUUGUAUCCGUCAGGGUUCUGAGGAGUGCCAGAAGUUUUGGACCUUCUUUGAACGCCUGCAGAGAUUCCAGAAUCUCAAGACCUCCAGGAAGGAGGAGAAAGACCCCGGGCAUCGCAAGGACAGUGUCCCAGCCCUGGCCGACCUACCUCGCACUUACGACCCUCGGUACCGCAUCAACCUGUCUGUCCUUGGUCCCGAUGUGCGAGGCUCUCGGGGACCAGGCAGGGGCCUGCCGCCAGAGAGAGUGUCUGAGUUCCGCCGAGCCCUGUUACACUACCUGGACUUCGGCCAGAAGCAGGCGUUCGGGCGGCUGGCCAGACUGCAGCGCGAGCGCGCGGCGCUUCCCAUUGCCCAGUACGGGACCCGCAUCCUGAAGACGCUCAAGGAGCAUCAGGUGGUGGUGGUGGCUGGGGACACGGGCUGUGGCAAGUCUACUCAGGUGCCCCAGUACCUGCUGGCUGCCGGCUUCAGUCACGUGGCAUGCACCCAGCCCCGGCGAAUUGCCUGCAUCUCACUGGCCAAGCGUGUUGGCUUUGAGAGCCUCAGUCAGUAUGGCUCGCAGGUUGGCUACCAGAUCCGCUUUGAGAGCACGCGUUCGGCGGCCACCAAGAUCGUGUUCCUGACCGUCGGGCUGCUUCUGCGGCAAAUCCAGCGCGAGCCCAGCCUGCCCCAGUAUGAGGUCCUGAUCGUGGAUGAAGUCCAUGAGCGGCACCUCCACAACGACUUCCUCCUGGGCGUCCUCCGGCGCCUGCUGCCCAAGCGGCCUGACCUCAAGGUCAUCCUCAUGUCGGCCACCAUCAACAUCUCGCUCUUCUCCAGCUACUUCGGCAAUGCCCCUGUCGUGCAGGUGCCUGGCAGGCUCUUCCCCAUCACGGUGGUGUACCAGCCGCACGAGGCAGAGCCGACUGCAUCCAAGUCAGAGAAGCUGGACCCGCGGCCUUUCCUGAGGGUGUUGGAGGCCAUCGACAAUAAGUACCCCGCUGAGGAGCGGGGCGACCUUCUCGUCUUCCUCAGCGGCAUGGCGGAGAUCGGCGCCGUGCUCGAGGCCGCCCAGACCUACGCCAGCCACACGCAGCGCUGGGUGGUGCUGCCGCUGCACAGCGCCCUCUCCGUGGCCGACCAGGACAAGGUAUUUGAUGUGGCGCCCCCUGGAGUCAGGAAAUGCAUCCUUUCCACCAACAUCGCAGAAACCUCGGUCACCAUUGAUGGGAUCCGCUUCGUGGUAGAUUCUGGGAAGGUGAAGGAGAUGAGCUACGACCCGCAGGCCAAGCUUCAGCGGCUGCAGGAGUUCUGGAUCAGCCAGGCCAGCGCAGAGCAGCGGAAGGGCCGUGCAGGCCGCACGGGCCCUGGGGUCUGCUUCCGCCUCUACGCCGAAUCCGACUACGACGCCUUCGCCCCCUACCCUGUCCCUGAAAUUCGACGGGUGGCCCUGGACGCCCUGGUGCUGCAGAUGAAGAGCAUGAGCGUGGGGGACCCGCGAACCUUCCCUUUCAUUGAGCCCCCGCCAGCAGCCAGCCUGGAAACUGCCAUCUUCUACCUCCAGGACCAGGGGGCCCUGGACAGCUCAGAGGCCCUCACUCCCAUCGGGUCCCUGCUGGCCCAGCUGCCUGUGGACGUCGUGAUUGGGAAGAUGCUGAUCCUGGGGUCCAUGUUCAACCUGGAGGAGCCCGUGCUCACCAUCGCGGCCGCCCUCAGCGUCCAGUCGCCCUUCAUCCGCAGCGCCCAGGGCAGCCCGGAGUGCGUGGCAGCGCGGCGGCCGCUGGAGAGCGACCAAGGCGACCCCUUCACGCUCUUCAAUGUCUUCAACGCCUGGGUGCAGGUGAAAUCUGAACGGAGCAGAAACUCCCGCAAGUGGUGCCGCCGCCGGGGCGUGGAGGAGCACCGGCUUUAUGAGAUGGCCAACCUGCGGCGGCAGUUCAAGGACCUGUUGGCGGACCACGGGCUGCUGGCCAGGGCCCAGGCCCGGGAGGCGGAGGACAGCCACAGCCGGCUGCAGCAGCGCCGCGAGCGCCGCACCCUGUUCCAGCUGAAGCGCCGGCACGAGGAGGGCGGGGCGCGCAGGCGCAAGGUGCUGCGGCUGCAGGAGGAGCAGGCGGGCUGCUCCAGCGACGAGGACCGCGCAGGGCCCGCCCCCCAGGGCGCCGCGGACAGCGUGGACAUCCAGGAUGUGAAGUUCAAGCUCCGGCACAACCUGGAGCAGCUGCAGGCGGCCGCCAGCUCGGCCCAGGACCUGACCUGCGACCAGCUGGCCCUGCUCAAGCUGGUGCUGGGCCGCGGCCUUUACCCGCAGCUGGCCGUCCCGGACGAGUUCAACAGCGGCCGCAAGGACUCCGACCAGAUCUUCCACACGCGGGCCAAGCAGGGCACCGUGCUGCACCCCACCUGCGUCUUCGCCAGCAGCCCCGAGGUGCUGCACGCACGGGAGCGCGAGGCCCGGGGCCGCGAAGGCAGCCGAGAGGACAGGGACAAGAUGAGCAGCAGGCACCAGCUCCUCGCCUUCGUCUCCCUGCUGGAGACCAACAAGCCGUACCUGGUGAACUGCGUCCGCGUCCCCGCCCUCCAGUCCCUGUUGCUGUUCAGCCGGUCCCUGGACACCAGUGGUGACUGCUCCCGCCUGGUGGCCGACGGCUGGCUGGAACUGCAGCUGGCAGAUGCCGAGAGCGCCGUGCGGCUCCUGGCCGCCGCCCUGCGGCUGCGCGCGCGCUGGGAGAGCGCCCUGGACCGGCAGCUGGCUCGGCAGGCCGGGCCUCGGCCGCAGGAGGAGGAAGAGGAGGCUCUGCCGCUCAGUCCUAAGGAGGUGGCUGCCCUGAGCAGGGACCUGCUGCAGUUCAUGGCAUCCAAGGUUCCCUACAGUCUUCGGCGGCUCACGGGGCUGGAAACCCAGAACCUCUAUGUGGGACCCCAGACCAUCACAGCUGCCCCCAGUCUGCCCGGCCUCUUUGGCAGCUCCCCCCUGUCCCCCCACCCCACCAAGGGGGGCUACGCAGUCACUGACUUCCUCACCUACAACUGCCUCACGGGUCUGAGGACGCUGCCCCCGAGCCCCUGCAGAAGGCGUCUGCCCUCCAGAGAGCCUACCGCUGCGAGCACUGCCAGAAGGACUUUCUCUUCACGCCCACGGAGGUGCUGCGGCACCGCAAGCAGCACGUGUGAGCUGGCUGGAAGCCCUGCCAGGGGCAGGGAGUGUCUGCCCACAGGCCUGUGCCUCCCCCAGCCCGGGCCCAGGGCCAGGACCCCUGCCUGAACUCCCGGCCUGUGCUCAGCCCCGCGGUCCAGCCCCGGCCCCAGGGAGGGCGAGCGCCUGUGCCAGUAAAGCCUGCGUCCCGACUCCGACCUUGAGGCCCGCUCCUGCCUGUGCAGGAUGCGGCGGCUGCCCUCCGCCGGUCCGGCCCAGGGUCUGGCUUCUAUCCCUCCUGCUGCAGUGCACCAGCUGAGGAGCCUGGGCGGGGUGGGGAGGUAGAGCCGAGCAGCGACUUCGCACCGGUUCCAGGUGCAGCAUCUUACAGUGCUCUGGCAGCUGCGCUCUCCUGAGUCUGUCCCCACAGUCUCUGCUUCCCCUUGAACUACAGAGCCCAGAAUUUGAGGUUGCUGUGAGCUGUGUGGCGCCACAGCACUCUAGCCGGGCAACAGAGCAAGACUCUGUCUCAAAAAAACAAAAUGGGAAAACGGUGGAGAAAAUAAAUGAAAUAAAACGCUGAUACUUUGCAAAGAGCAAUGAAAUGGAUCAGGAGAAGAAGAUGCAGUAUGGGAAUGAAGACACCACCACCACAGAGGUGAAAAGGUUAGGGGAACACUAUGAACAGCUUGAUGCUGAUAAAGUCAUCAACUCAGUUGAAAUGGAAAAGUUUCUUGAAAGACGCAAACUACUAACGCUCACUUGAGAAGACACAGAAAAACCGUGCAACUCUACUAAGGGAAUUUAAUUCAUACUUAACAAAGAGAACAAGGUCAGGUGGGCUCACUGGCGACCUCUACCAAACAUGGAAGGAAGAAAAGAUACCAACCCAACACAACUCUUCCGCAAUGUAGAAGACACAUCCUGACUUUGCCUAAACCAGACUAAGACAAAACCACAAAGGGAAAUAUCCUUCAUGAACAUAGGCAAAAAGAUCCUUAAUAAAAGUUUAGCAAAUGAUAUUUAGCAAUAUAUGAGAACAGUAUGUCAUGGCCAAGUGGAGUUUAUUUAGGAAUGCAAGGUUGGUUUAACAUUUGAGAAGCAAUGUGAUUUACCACAUUAAAAACAGAAGAAGCAUGGGAUAAAUUUCAACUCUUGUGACCUUGAAUAAACCCCUCAGUGUUUCUGUGACACUCUUUUCCCUUGAGAAAUGAACACAGCUAAACUGUCUAUUUUCCCCAAAGAUUUCAUUUGGAUACGGAAACCUUGGAAAGCCUAAUAUACUAAAUAAAUAUAUUAUUUUUUCCUGA